CUCUCUUCUUUCGGAGCCAUUUGUCAUCAGCAGAUUGUUUUAUCCCUCGUUUCCUCAGUUUUAUUUCCACUUAUUUGGCAUCUGUUUGGGAAUUCAGACCCUGAGGGAGAACCUCAGCACUGCAAGGAGGUGCGGUUGGAACCAAAACUGUCCCGAAAUCGGCAGCUCUGCGCAAACACAGAUUGGAUGUGUGUGUUGUGAUGCGUUAUGGAUGGGGAGACGGACAUUUAUGGGGCUGUGCCUGCCCUGAUGUCACACUGGGGCGGUCCCAUAAAAGCCAGCGAUGUGAAGUGAGGGCAGAUUCAGCUCCCGUGUGGUAACAAAGUGAGAUGAAUGCGUCCUGCAGCGCGGUGCUGCGUCCUGUUGCCUUGUCAGCUCAGCUCACUGCUCAGAGGGCAGAGAUUUACAGUUUUAUGGAGAGGACACUUCCACAAGGUGGAUUUCUCCUAAAGCAGCAGCCUGACCCGGUGCUUCAGGCUGUGCUUUUUGCAACGCAGACGCAAUCCUAUGGAGAACAAGAACGACGUAGUGAUAAAAACUGAUCCCAAAAUUCCAUUCGUAGGUACCCAUGGUUGUUGGUCAACCGACUGAGCCUUCCCUUGGCCAUUGCUUGGUGGUUGUACUGGGAAGCCACGCAGUGGGAGCAGCGAGCUGGCCACUGAAGCAAGCAGCAUUAACAUGCAGUACAUCACAGUGCAAACACAGGGGGUUUUCAGUGGAAACUCCAUCUUCCCCCAGGUCUGCUAACAGAGACUGGGAAGAGCAAAUGGAAUUUUAGGUGCCACAUUCUGCACACAGCUCUCUGUAGGUUUUGUGCCUCCAAAAUCAUCUGUCUUCCAAUAGUUUGACUGAUCGAAGAUAUUUCUCCCCUAAAACUGUGCUCUGAUUACACCAACACGUUUCUUCCCAAAGUGACAGCGAGCAAAUCCACUCCUGUGCUGAGUGUGUGUUGCAGCAACAAAGAGGAGCAGAGGUGUCCGGCCCUCAACCAGCAUCAACAGCUUCAGCUUUGAUUGCUUCCAUUGCCUUUCCUCAUUUCUCUUUUUGUUUUCCUCCAAACAAUAGAUUUUGCUCUUUCUGCCGCUUCAGAGCUCUCUUCACAUCCCAGCUCUGCCCAGUGCUGCCCAUAGCAGCAGUCCCCUCUUAACCCAAUGGAUCCCAAACAACUCCAGCCCUGGAGCCAGCUUCCAUUCGUGCACCUCCAAGCAGGGGAUGGCUGUGCAGGUCCAGGGCUGAGGUCAUGGAGCGGUUCUUGUUGACACAUCAGUGAUGGGCACGGCUGCCUGAGGUCCUCAAGAUCUGCCUUAUCAUGAAGGUGUUGGUUGGUUGGUUGGUUGGAUGGACGGUGCAAAGUUUUCCUCUUCCUCUCGUUGCCACCACCUUUCACCCAUCGAACUCCAUCCUGCGCUGGGAGGGACGCCCAUGGGCGCUGAACCCAACGCCGCACACGGCACACUUUGCUGCUGGACUUUUUGCACUUAUUUCUCAGUAGUUCCGCACGGAGGGCGGGUCAGCUCGAAGCCGAACAUUGGGCUGAACAAAGCCCAGCUGCAGCACGAACAGCGGCCGCGUUCCAUUCGUCCCCAGCGGCGUUCGGGGCCGGUUGGGUUCUCGUACAUUUGGGGUUAUUUUCCACCGGAACAGCGACGACGCGGAGCGACUCCGACAGUCCCAGCGCGGGGAGCGAUGCCGAGCGCCGUUCCUUGGCCGAAAGGGAGGCCGGCUUCCAAACUCCGCGCACCAACCGCUCUCUUCCAGCACCGCACCCCGCGAGCUGACCUGUCCGGGCUGCAACAUCACUAAAGAAGCUGCUGCAGGAUGAAAAGAUGGCAGCACGGCUGCUCGCACCACCAGGCCCUGAUAGUUUUAAACCUUUCACUCCGGAGUCUCUGGCUAACAUUGAGAAACGCAUUGCAGAAGAAAAAAAGAAGAAGCGUCCAAAGCAAGACAGCAGCCAUCGUGACGACGAUGAAGACAGCAAACCAAAACCAAACAGUGACCUUGAGGCGGGGAAGAAUUUGCCUUUCAUCUAUGGGGACAUCCCUAAAGGCCUGGUUGCUGUACCACUGGAGGACUUUGACCCUUAUUAUAUGACCCAGAAAACCUUUGUAGUACUAAACAGAGGGAAAACACUCUUCCGAUUUAGUGCCACACCUGCCUUGUACAUUUUAAGUCCUUUUAAUCUGUUUAGAAGAAUAGCUAUUAAAAUUUUGAUACAUUCAGUAUUUAGCAUGAUCAUUAUGUGCACUAUUUUGACCAACUGUGUAUUCAUGACUUUUAGUAACCCACCUGAAUGGUCGAAGAAUGUGGAGUAUACAUUCACUGGUAUUUAUACAUUUGAAUCACUUGUGAAAAUUAUUGCAAGAGGUUUCUGUAUAGAUGGCUUUACUUUCCUACGAGACCCAUGGAACUGGCUAGAUUUCAGUGUGAUCAUGAUGGCAUAUGUCACAGAGUUUGUGGACCUGGGGAAUGUCUCAGCAUUGAGAACUUUCAGAGUUCUCCGAGCUUUGAAAACUAUCUCUGUAAUUCCAGGCCUGAAGACCAUUGUGGGUGCCCUGAUCCAGUCGGUGAAGAAGCUGUCGGAUGUGAUGAUCCUGACGGUGUUUUGUCUCAGUGUCUUUGCUCUGAUUGGGCUGCAGCUGUUUAUGGGCAAUCUGAGGAACAAGUGUGUGAUAUGGCCAAUUAACGUGAACGAGACGUUCCUGGAUAACGGCUCCCGGGGCUUUGACUGGGAGGAAUACACCAACAAUAUGUCAAAUUUUUACAUAAUUCCUGGUGCCCCUGAUCCUUUGCUCUGUGGUAACAGCUCCGAUGCAGGUCAAUGUCCAGAGGGUUACACGUGCAUGAAAGCAGGACGGAACCCGAACUACGGUUACACGAGCUUUGACACUUUCAGCUGGGCUUUCCUGGCUCUGUUUCGCCUUAUGACUCAGGAUUUUUGGGAAAACUUGUAUCAAUUAACCUUACGAGCGGCAGGAAAAACCUACAUGAUCUUCUUUGUCCUGGUGAUCUUCGUGGGCUCGUUCUACCUGGUCAAUCUGAUUCUGGCUGUGGUGGCCAUGGCUUACGAAGAGCAGAACCAGGCCACGUUGGAGGAGGCAGAGCAGAAAGAGGCCGAAUUUAAGGCCAUGUUAGAACAAUUGAAAAAGCAGCAGGAGGAGGCACAGGCUGCUGCCAUGGUCACUUCGGCAGGGACGGUCUCUGAGGAUGCUGUGGAAGAUGAUGGUGGAGGGAGGAUGUCUCGGAGCUCAUCGGAGAUCUCUAAACUGAGUUCCAAGAGUGCCAAGGAGCGCCGCAACCGGAGGAAGAAGCGGAAGGACAAAGAGCUGUCAGAAGGAGAGGAGAAGGGCGACAACGAGAAAGUGUUCAAGUCAGAAUCAGAAGAUGGCAUGAGGAGAAAAGCCUUCAGGCUGCCAGAUAACAGGAUAGGAAGAAAGUUUUCCAUCAUGAACCAGUCUCUCCUCAGCAUCCCCGGCUCCCCUUUCCUCUCCCGACACAACAGCAAGAGCAGCAUCUUCAGCUACAAGGGCCGAUUCCGCGACCCGGGCUCGGAGAACGAAUUCGCCGACGACGAACACAGCACGGUGGAGGAGAGCGAAGGCCGCAGGGAUUCCCUCUUCAUCCCCAUCCGCGGCCGCGACCGACGGAGCAGCUACAGCGGCUACAGCGGCUACAGCCAGGGCAGCCGCUCCUCGCGGAUUUUCCCCAACCUCCGCCGCAACAUCAAGAGGAACAGCACGGUGGAUUGCAACGGCGUCGUGUCCCUCAUCGGCGGCCCGCCUUCCAGCAUGCCCGGCGGGCGCCUUCUGCCUGAGGGUACGACUGAAAUUGAAAUUAAGAAGAAACCUGGUGGGUCUCUCUUGGUCUCGAUGGAUCAGGUGAACGCCUCCUAUGGAAGGAAGGAUCGUACCAACAGCGUGAUGACUGGCUUGACCAACACCCUUGUUGAAGAGCUGGAGGAGUCCCAGAGGAAGUGUCCCCCAUGCUGGUACAAAUUUGCCAACACAUUCUUGAUCUGGGAAUGCCACCCCUACUGGAUCAAGCUGAAGGAGAUAGUGAACUUAAUCGUCAUGGAUCCCUUUGUUGACCUGGCCAUCACCAUCUGCAUUGUGCUCAACACUCUGUUCAUGGCCAUGGAGCAUCAUCCUAUGACCCCAGAGUUUGAACACGUGCUGUCUGUAGGAAACCUGGUUUUCACGGGAAUUUUCACAGCAGAAAUGUUCCUGAAGCUCAUCGCCAUGGAUCCCUACUAUUAUUUCCAGGAAGGCUGGAACAUCUUUGAUGGAUUCAUCGUCUCCCUCAGCUUAAUGGAGCUGAGUCUGGCGAAUGUGGAAGGGCUUUCUGUGCUGCGAUCUUUCCGAUUGCUGAGAGUCUUCAAACUGGCCAAGUCCUGGCCCACUCUGAACAUGCUGAUCAAAAUCAUCGGUAACUCAGUGGGUGCUUUGGGCAACUUGACCUUGGUGUUGGCCAUCAUCGUCUUCAUCUUUGCGGUGGUGGGCAUGCAGCUCUUUGGCAAAAGCUACAAGGAGUGUGUCUGCAAGAUCAAUCCGGAGUGUGAGCUGCCCCGCUGGCACAUGCACGAUUUCUUCCACUCCUUCCUUAUUGUCUUCCGUGUGUUGUGUGGGGAAUGGAUUGAGACCAUGUGGGAUUGUAUGGAGGUGGCAGGACAGGCCAUGUGCUUGAUUGUCUUCAUGAUGGUCAUGGUCAUCGGAAAUUUAGUGGUGCUGAACCUCUUCCUGGCUUUGCUGCUGAGCUCCUUCAGCGCAGACAACCUGGCAGCAACGGAUGACGAUGGGGAGAUGAACAACCUGCAGAUCUCUGUGAUUCGCAUCAAGAAGGGCAUUGCCUGGAUCAAGGCGAAAGUGCGUGAAUUCAUGCAGGCUCACUUCAAGCAGAGGGAGGCGGAUGAGGUCAAACCUUUGGACGAGCUGUAUGACAAGAAAGUGAACUGCAUUGCCAACCACACAGGGGCCGAUAUCCACAGAGACAUCGAUUAUCAGAAGAAUGGCAACGGCACGACCAGCGGAAUCGGGAGCAGCGUGGAGAAAUACAUCAUUGAUGAAGACCACAUGUCCUUCAUCAACAACCCCAACCUCACCGUCCGGGUGCCUAUCGCUGUCGGGGAAUCAGAUUUUGAAAACCUCAACACAGAAGAUUUCAGCAGCGAUACGGAUCCUGAUGGCAGCAAAGAGAAACUGGAUGAUACCAGCUCCUCCGAAGGCAGCACCAUUGAUAUAAAGCCUGAAGUGGAAGAAGUCCCCGUGGAGGCACCAGAAGAGUAUCUGGACCCGGAUGCGUGCUUCACCGAGGGUUGCAUGCAGCGCUGUAAGUGUUGUCAGGUCAAUAUUGAGGAGGGGCUGGGGAAGUCUUGGUGGACCUUGAGGAAGACGUGUUUUCUGAUCGUGGAGCAUAACUGGUUUGAGACUUUCAUCAUCUUCAUGAUCCUGCUGAGCAGUGGAGCUCUGGCUUUUGAGGAUAUUUACAUAGAGCAGAGGAAAACCAUCCGGACCAUCUUGGAGUACGCAGACAAGGUCUUCACGUACAUCUUCAUCCUGGAGAUGUUGCUGAAAUGGUGUGCCUAUGGAUUCGUCAAGUUCUUCACCAACGCCUGGUGCUGGCUGGAUUUCCUCAUUGUGGCUGUCUCUUUAGUCAGCCUUAUAGCUAAUGCCCUGGGCUACUCGGAACUAGGUGCCAUAAAGUCCCUUAGGACCCUAAGAGCUUUGAGGCCUUUAAGAGCGUUGUCCCGAUUUGAGGGGAUGAGGGUGGUUGUCAAUGCCUUGGUUGGCGCUAUCCCUUCCAUUAUGAAUGUCUUGUUGGUCUGCCUUAUCUUCUGGCUGAUUUUCAGCAUUAUGGGGGUUAACCUGUUUGCUGGGAAAUACCAUUACUGCUUUAAUGAAACAUCUGAGGAGCGCUUUGAAAUAGACAUUGUUAACAACAAGACAGACUGUGAGGCGCUGAUGCCACCCAACUCCACUGAGAUCCGAUGGAAGAAUGUGAAAAUCAACUUUGACAACGUUGGGGCAGGAUACCUGGCUCUUCUGCAAGUUGCAACAUUCAAGGGCUGGAUGGACAUCAUGUAUGCAGCAGUAGAUUCCAGAAAGCAAGAAGAGCAACCCAAGUACGAGGACAACAUCUACAUGUACAUAUAUUUUGUUAUCUUCAUCAUCUUCGGCUCCUUUUUCACUCUGAACUUGUUCAUCGGUGUCAUCAUUGACAACUUCAAUCAACAAAAGAAAAAGUUUGGAGGUCAAGAUAUUUUCAUGACAGAAGAACAAAAGAAAUACUACAACGCCAUGAAAAAACUGGGCUCCAAGAAGCCUCAAAAGCCAAUUCCCCGACCUCUGAACCGCAUUCAGGGAGCUGUCUUUGACUUCGUCACUCAGCAAGCAUUCGACAUCGUCAUCAUGAUGCUCAUCUGCCUCAACAUGGUGACCAUGAUGGUGGAGACAGACACACAGAGCAAGCAGAUGGAGGACAUCCUCUACUGGAUCAACCUGGUGUUUGUCAUCUUCUUCACCUGCGAGUGUGUGCUGAAGAUGUUCGCCUUGCGGCACUACUACUUCACCAUUGGGUGGAACAUCUUUGACUUCGUGGUUGUGAUUCUGUCCAUUGUGGGAAUGUUCCUGGCUGAAAUCAUCGAGAAGUAUUUUGUAUCCCCCACUCUCUUCCGAGUCAUCCGCCUGGCUCGUAUUGGACGUAUCCUGCGUUUGAUCAAAGGAGCCAAAGGGAUCCGCACCUUGCUUUUUGCCUUAAUGAUGUCUUUGCCUGCCUUGUUCAACAUCGGCCUCUUGCUCUUCCUGGUCAUGUUCAUCUUCUCCAUCUUCGGCAUGUCCAACUUCGCCUACGUCAAGCACGAGGCUGGCAUCGACGACAUGUUCAACUUUGAGACCUUUGGCAACAGCAUGAUCUGCUUGUUCCAGAUCACGACGUCGGCUGGCUGGGAUGGCCUCCUGCUGCCCAUCCUAAACCGGCCUCCAGACUGCGACCUGGACAAGGAGCAUCCCGGGAGCGGCUUUAAGGGGGACUGCGGGAACCCCUCGGUGGGGAUAUUUUUCUUUGUGAGCUACAUCAUCAUCUCCUUCCUGAUCGUGGUCAACAUGUACAUUGCCAUCAUCCUGGAGAACUUCAGCGUGGCGACGGAGGAGAGCGCGGACCCGCUGAGCGAGGACGACUUCGAGACCUUCUAUGAGAUCUGGGAGAAGUUCGACCCCGACGCCACGCAGUUCAUAGAGUACAGCAAGCUGGCGGACUUUGCCGACGCUUUGGAACAUCCUCUGCGCGUCCCAAAGCCCAACACCAUCGAACUCAUCGCCAUGGACCUCCCUAUGGUAAGUGGAGAUAGGAUCCACUGUUUAGACAUCCUGUUUGCCUUCACCAAACGCGUCCUGGGGGACAGCGGAGAGCUGGAUAUACUGAGACAACAGAUGGAGGAAAGGUUUGUGGCUUCCAAUCCUUCCAAAGUGUCUUACGAGCCCAUCACCACCACGCUGCGGCGCAAGCAGGAGGAGGUCUCGGCCGUGGUGUUGCAGAGGGCUUACAGGUCGCGGUUGGCGAGGCGGGGGUUCAUCAGCCGAAGACCCCUCCCCACCAAAAUGGAGAACGGAGGAACAAACAGGGAGAAGAAGGAAGGGACGCCCUCCACCGCGUCGCUGCCGUCCUACGACAGCGUCACCAAACCCGAGAAGGAGAAGCAGCAGCGGGCGGAGGAGGGAAGACGGGAACGGGCGAAAAGGCAAAAAGACGUCAGGGAAUCCAAGUGUUGAGACAGAACGCUGGGAUUGUACAAACCUAGGGAAAAAAAAAAAAUAUAUCUAUAUUUGCAAGCGGAAAAAAAAAAAGAAAAAAGAAAAAAAAAAAAAAAAAGAUUGUUUACAAACUUGGUGAAAUAUAUCCAUACAGAACAGCUGUGGAGACACUUAACCUGAAGAUCUUAUACCAAACAUAGUCUGCUUUCCUGUGUGACAGCGUUGCAUCUAAAGCAGUGACCUUCCACCUGUUUAAAGGACCCCUGUGCGAACAAACAUUUAAAACAAAACAGGGAAAAAAAGAAAAAAUAUGGAUUUUCUAUUGUUCAGGCAGGUGGAUACUGCAUGUUCCACAUCAGUCAAUGCAACUUAGGACAAACAAGCAAAAUAAAACACAAACACACACACAAACACACACACACACAAAUAAAACCCGCUGCUGGGAUUCAUAUAUUUUCCAAAGCAGCCAAAAAAUGGAUUUUAUUUUCCCAUUUUGUUGGUUAUUAUUGAAAGAAAACCCAGAAGUCACGAUGUUAAGGGGUUUGUUCAUGCAAAAGUAGAUCUGCAUUUAGUUAAGCAGCAAAACAAAGAAAACAAAAAAAAAAAAAAGGAAAAAAAAAGAAAAAAAAAGAGGAAAAAGCGAAAACAAGCGAAACAACAAAAAAAAAGAAACUAACCACCCAUUUAGCCCAUGCCAUUUAAUUAAUUGUCAUAGUUUAUUUGAUAUUUAUUAUCUGCAUUCUACUUUCUACAUGGGCUUUACUUGGUUUGGGAGAUGGGGUAAUCGGGAACCUUCAGCCUGGAACCAGCUCAGGCUGAGCCCCCAAAAAUAAAAGUGCUCGUUCAAUGCAUAGAAACGAUUUGCAUGAUGGCAUGCCGUGACCAGGAACCAUGCAUGAGGAACCAUUAAACCACGAGACACUCAAUAAUCUGUCCACAGCAGUGUGUUAAGCCAUAAAUUCGAGGCACUCCACUGACUUACCGUACACUGUAUUUGGAGAUUAACAAUAAUUGUGCCCUUCACCGGUACUGACCCGUUCUCAGCAAUCUUUCAUAGACCUGCCAGUAGGAAACAAACAAACAAAAAAAAGAAAUGAAACAAGCAGAUGAAAUCCGUGUGUGUAUGUUUGACGACGUGUCUUUCUUUUCCAUCCAGCCAUCUUUUUGCACACCGAAAUAGAACUCAACUCAAUGCUGCUCUGGACCCAGUCCAAGGGGAGACGUUAAGAACUGGGAAUGGCUUGUUCUACUUCUUGUCACUGUAAAACCAAAAUCUAGGGCUCGAAUACCAGUCAGCACGUUGAUUUGUAUCUCGCAAUAGUUGUCGUUAGCAUUAAUUACGAUUCUGCCUCCAUCCUGCAGCGUAGACACACUUGUUUUGUUUUUUUUUAGUUUAGGGAUAAGUGCUGAGGAUGGUAGAGAUGGCAGCACACAGCCCCUCGGUAGGGCUGGGGAAGGGGCCAUCACUCAGCUGUGCCAUGGCCGUUGGGUGGAGGGGAUGGCUGGGAGCUCCAGGCCCCUUCUGCUCCUCCAUCAGCACUGCGUGUUGGCGCAGCAGUUUGGUUUUCUUGCUUUCCGUAGCCACAGCGAUUUUUAUUGUGAUUAUUCUGUUGUGGGUUGGUUGUUCUGGAUUUUUUUGUCUUUUUUUUUGUCUUUUUUUUUCCCGUUUGUUUCAAUCAAAAGGCAGCACAUGCCCGUGGUCAGUGGGAAAGCACCAGCCCGGGGGUGCAGGGGGAGAGCCGGGCGCCAGGUGCCUUCACCUCCUUCCCAUUUCUUCCACUUCCAUCGAGUGGCGAACUCGAACGGCCCUGCAGGGUGGGUAGGAAUCAGAGCUACCUCUUGCCUAGUCUUCUCGCUGCAGCAGCAACCGAUGCCACAGAGGAGAAGUCCCAACGUUUCUUUUUUCCUAAUGACCGCAGCGUCCUCGGCACCCAACCGCCGCUCAGUGGAGGUUCACUCUUCAGGGCCAGGAUGGGUUUUCUUCCAGGGUAGGAAGGGCGGUGAUGGCUGAGGGCCGAACCAAGGGGACCCCAAAGAGUGGGAGAACCAGGACCUGGCGGUAGCAGGAGGACAGAGGUUGGCAUCAUCUCACGGCCCACUUGGGUGCCCAGCGCCGUGCCCAGCGCGACGGCCAUGGAGCCAUUCUGCCACCCCAGGAACACGGCGAGGAACCUUUUCUAUCCUCUUUGCUCUUUGCCCCAGUUGCUCCUAGGAUGUGAUGUAUAAUAAAACAGAGAAAACAUACAUAUGUACAGGCUACAUUGUAAACAGCACAAGAAAAAAAAAAUAGCUGAAAAGUGUGGUUGAACUUUUUAAGAGAAUAUUAUAAAUACUGUAAUAUAUCAUUUUAUUUUAUCAGCAUGCCUUUUUGUAAAUACAAAGAACUACAAAAAUAAUAGAAUGGCUUCUGGCUUAUGCCAUUGUCCAUGUUUAUUUUUAUUUUUUUAAUAUCUUUCUUUUUUUUCCUUAGACUUUAGAUAGCCAGUAAAUGUCCCCCAAAGAAAACAAAAACAAAACAACGCAACAAAACCAAAACCCUACCCCCCCCAAAAAAUAGAUUUAAACAACAAAAAAAGCUUUAUUGCAAAUGGAUUUUGCAACAGCAGAAGUAUAUAUUUUUGGGUUCCAGUGUGCAAUAAGUCGACCACUUCUAUGCAAGAUUUGGCUAAACUUCAUAGUUGUUCUUAAGCUGGGCUAUUGACUCGCAGGUGAAGCUUGGUGCAAUUAGCAUUCAUGCUGGCAAUCCCAUUCAGCUACUCAGUUCCUUCUAAAGGAAAUCCCUUCAAACUCUGUAUAUAUAUUUAUUUUUUUAAAACAUUAGAUCCGUACUAAACGCAAGAGGUCGGUGGUGGCGUUAGUUGGUGGCAAAGGAACAGGAAUGAAGGGUUUCUUCCACUGUUCUUUGGCUGAACGGAAGGUUCUGGGUUUUUGGUGCAUUCUCAACCUCUUCGUUUCCUGCUCGGGGCAGUCAGUGCCAUCAGCCACUGCAGCCGAUGGAUCUGCGUUUCUGGACAUCUUCACUGGGUGAAGCCAAGGACAGAGGGGAAACUUUGGUCCAAAAGCAUGAAGGACGUCGGUGUCUGAAGUCAAAGGCGUACGCUGGGAUUUAUAUUCCAGAUUCAGGGUUAUGGGAACAAAGCUGAGGGUGUUGUUGUCAAUGGAAAGGACGUAGCCAAAAAGCCAAGACUACAGCAAGUAGCUCUCUUCCCUCCCCCCGUGUCCAAGUCCUCCCUUUUUGGUUCAUUUGUUACUGUGUAAAAGAGCAGAGGGGAAGGGCAAAAAGGAAAUACCAAUUUAAGCUGCUUAUUCACUUUUCCUGUUCACCUUUUUUUAAAAAUAUAGAAGCCAAUGUUGAACAACAAGAAGAAAAAGAGAAAUUAAAAUAAAACCAUGAUGUUAGAGGCCACACCCGAGUUCGGAUUGUUUAAUUUUCCGCCGCAAAAAAAAAAUAAAAUAAAUUGUUAAAGCUGUAAAAGAUCAAUAGUGAAGAUUAGUGUAUUAGAAAUUGCAUGGUGGCUCAUAAUGAUCUUACCCAACAUGAUUAAGGAUUACGUUACUAUAAGCCAAAAGACAAUAAAAUAAAUGUUACCCUUUUCACUGUACAAGGUCGGGUUGUCUCGGUGUCCCAGUUAUUUGCCUGGUUGUCCUCUCCAUCCUUCCUCCAAGGUCUUCUUUGGUUUGGUUCGAUGUUAACGCGAUGACCACAGUGAGAUGUUGGGGUUACGUUGGUCCGUCAUCUCCCAGUGGGAGCUCUGUCUUAUGUCACAUUGGGGACGACCCUGGAGAUGGGCUCGGUGGUCACAGGGCAUCCCAUGCCCAUGUCCCCAGCACUCCCUGCCCUUGGCCCUGCAGCAUCGGUGUGGCUGGACAGCUCCAGAGCAAGAGACACCCAACCGAGGAUGGUGCCCAUCACCCAUCCAUUGGGCGCUUCCUGCAGGACAACUCUUUGCUCCCUGCUCGCUCAGAUCCCGCAUUUGGUAACAAGGGGACAUCAAGGAUGGGACCCACGCAUGGCACAGGGCCGUAGGAUCAUAGAAUCCCCCCAAGGUUCUGCUGCGUGGCGUCGCUGCCUGGCCCCAGAAGGGGAUGAGGUUUGAGAUGCUCACAAGCUCUGCGCUUUGCUUCUCCAGGGGUUAGGAUCUAACCUGGAGUUGUUGCAAGGCAAAGGGCCAAGGGAGAACCUUGUAAUCAUCAAUUCUCCUAGUAGAGUUUUGGUCCAAAUUACUCAUCAGAUAGGAAUAUCAAAUAUUUGUAGGUCUCUAUUUGGUUAAGCUUGGUGCCUUCACUCUGCUCCCAGCUUGGUCUGAACUCUGUUUCCUAUCCCCAUCACCUCCAGGUUUUAUGUUCUGCUGUUUUACACGAAGAAAGGAGGAGAAUGGAGCUGGCUGGGGUGGGAGGGAGGAGGAAUGCCUCCAGGGAGAGCAGU